AUGCAUGUAGGUGCCACUUUAAAGCAGAGUGAUGCUGGCUCACUGACAUUGCUCUCUCCUCUUUCUUUACAGCUCCUGUAUGACAACCCAAAAGCCCGUCAGGAAGUAGAGUAUCACUGGCGAGCAUCAGGGUGUCCCCACAUUGUCCAUGUCCUGGAUGUUUAUGAAAAUAUACAUCAUGGAAAGAGAUGCCUCCUCAUUGUGAUGGAAUGCAUGGAGGGAGGAGAGCUGUUUAGCAGGAUCCAGGAGAGAGGAGAUCAAGCUUUCACUGAGAGAGAGGCUUCUGAAAUAAUGAGAGACAUCGGAACAGCCAUCCAGUAUCUGCAUUCAAUGAACAUUGCCCAUAGAGAUGUCAAGCCUGAAAACUUGCUUUACACGUCGAAAGAGAAGGAUUCUGUACUCAAACUCACAGAUUUCGGCUUUGCCAAAGAAACCACUGUACAAAAUGCGCUGCAGACCCCCUGUUACACUCCUUAUUAUGUGGCCCCAGAAGUCCUUGGUCCUGAGAAGUACGAUAAAUCAUGUGACAUGUGGUCAUUGGGUGUCAUCACAUAUAUUCUCCUGUGUGGGUUCCCUCCAUUCUACUCAAACACUGGUCAAGCCAUUUCUCCAGGGAUGAAGAGAAGAAUUCGAAUGGGACAAUAUGGGUUUCCCAAUCCAGAGUGGGCAGAAGUAUCAGAGGAAGCCAAACAACUGAUUCGCCAUUUACUGAAGACUGACCCAACAGAGAGGAUGACAGUUUCUCAAUUUAUGAAUCACCCUUGGAUUAAUAGAUCAAUGGCAGUGCCGCCAACUCCACUUCAUACUGCACGGGUCCUGCAAGAAGAUAAAGACCACUGGGAUGAAGUUAAAGAGGAAAUGACCAGCGCUUUGGCUACCAUGAGGGUGGACUAUGAUCAGGUGAAAAUCAAAGACUUGAAAACAUCCAACAACCGCCUCCUGAACAAGCGCCGUAAGAAGCAGAAGCAGGCAGGUGCCUCUUCUGCAGCCCCAGGGUGCAGUAACCAAUGAGGAGAGAAGCCAAGGACCUGUGGGUGGAGGGUAGAGGUUAAAAGGAACGAUUUGAAAUCAGUAUGAUCAACUCAGCCUGUACCACAAAGGCAAUGAGGCCAUGAAGAAGCUGUCCGGUGAAGAGGGGAAGACUGUGUUUUUGUAACUCGAGUCAGGGCUUUGCUUCUAAAGGUUGAUGUAUAUGGUAUGAUUUUGUUGCAUAUUGCUAGGGAAA